AUGGACUCUACCCCGCAGGAAACAGACUUGAUAAUAAUAGUGAGCGUGCUGGGGAGCGUGGCAGCUCUGCUGCUGCUGCUGGUGGUCAUCCUUUUCGUGCAGGUCAGCCGCCUGCGCCGGGUCGUCAAAGAGAUGCAGGCCACUGGACGAAUCCGAGUGCAAAAGCUAAAAAUGAACAACGACCGCAACCACGCGUUCCACAACCCCGCGCUUUCCCCCGACGAGGAGCUGGCCAAGCGAGGCUUCUCCAUGUACUCGCCAGAGGACCGCGACCAGGACGUCGAGGCCGGGCGAGAUCGCGAAAGGGAACGUCAGACAGGUGGGCAGCUGGUAGACGCCCUGGCGCGCGAGAUCGAGCUCCGCCAGCAGCGGCAGUCGGCGCCGCCCUUCCUGCUGCAGAGCAUCGAGGACAAUAAGCGCCGCAGCCGCGCGCUGGGCAACCCUGUCGCCAACGGUCGCCAGAGCGAGACCAACCCUAACUUCAUCUACUAGACUUGGAAACGAUACAGCCCCUUGAUACAAAAUGUGACAGUUUUUAUGUCGAAAGAUGGUCGAAAAACUUUUUUGUAAGGAGUUACAACGGAUUCAAUUAGAUAGCCAGUUCCUCCGUGGUUGAGGAUUCCGGGUGAAGCUCCAUCCACCUUCGGCCUGAUCAUCACUUACCAUCAGUAAAGAGCUUCCUCGUUGUGGAUAAAAAAAAUGUUUUCGAUUCAAUCAAAAAGUGCCACCCACAGUUGUAGGCAGUCGACAAUGUGCCCUAAAACACGACAUUUCUAGUAUAAAUGGGAGGCGUGUUUUAUUCGUUUGAAUUCCACUUUGCAUACCAAAUCCUAAACAAUUUCCGAAGUGUUGAUGCGAUUUGGGAUACCUUCGUGAAAAAUACGUCUCCUUGGACCACGAUUUUCCUAAUCUGUGUGUGUAUGUUGCCGCCACAAGCUGCCACAUUAACGCAGUUCUUAUUGCUGGACAAUAUGUUAAAAUACCAUAUAUUUUUAUCGUUUCUAGAGAUCUUCAGUUAUACUAAACAAGUCUAGAUUGAUUCACAGUGCACGCAGAGCACCCCCGCUGAAAAAAGGACAAUUUAAAAAGUUAUCGAAUUUAACAAAUUUUAAAUAUCUGAAACUUUUGUACCUACUUCCCAAGCAUGAUGUCAUCAAAGUUAUUUAUUGCAUUGUGUACUACACAAUCGUUUACGAUAAUGUAAAAGCAUUUUACACUAAUCUCAUGCAAAAUUUUAUCAAUGUUUCUGUUAAAUGAUAACGUUGAUGGGGAAUCACAUUGUAAUUUAUCAAUCGCAUAUUUAUUAUUUGCUAUCAAUUUUGAACGAUUUUUUUAUUUAUAAAUUGUCUAUUAUUUAAACACUGAGGACGCAAAUAAGUGUUUAUUUACUCGACAAUUUUAUUUCAUACUUUACCAAAUCAGGUAAAUAACUCAUUCUCGCUCUGGCGACUAAAUAAAUUAUUGAUAUUGAGUGAAAAUGCAGUACCUAAAUCCUUUUUGCAAACUUUCAACGGAAAGUUGUGUUAAAAAGAUAAAUUAAUUAGUUAUAAAUUAAUGUAUUUUGAUAAGUAUUAAAUUAUGGUAAAUUGAUUCCAGA